CUGGGGUGCUACAGUGAGGACAUGGGACAUAAUUUCUUUGUGAUCAAUUUGCCAUCCAUUGUAUCUAAUAUAAUCCGAUCCUCUUUGACUGCGUGCUUUUUACGCCAGCAUGUAGCUGAGUAUGGGUUAUAGUCCUCGCUGUAAAUGAGUAGAAAGUAAGGCAGUACACUUCAGCUGCAAAUUGGAAUACAAAUUGAACAACUUGAUCCGUUGAUCGUUAAUUUCUAGGCCACGAGCCGUAAGGGUAUGCCGUGCGUGCAUAAGCAUUUUACGCCAGUUUUUAGCCGAGUGUCAUAAGCGCUGAGCCGGAGCCACAGCCCAUAGGGCUUAUCUUCAGCGCCGGGUUGCAGUGACCGAUGCACGCCAUCUAUAGUCAAUCAAAUCACCACCCGUUCAAUCCCCAGGUUCCUACUCAAGUCCAUGUAACUUUGCUCAGUUGUUAAGCAACGCCCCAGUUCUAAGCAUCAAUUAAACGGAAUACUCAUCAGGUUCCUACUCAGUUAAAUACUCAGUCCUCACAAAAGCUUCCGUCCGAAGACCCUGUUUAUGUGAGCUGUGAAGUGAGGCUGGACUCUGAACUCAGCAACGGUAUAUAAAUCGCCCUCGUUCUACCGUGCAUACUACCCCCAAAAGGCCACAUUUUCUUGUUGCACCAUGCGCAGCAUGGACUACGACAUCUCCAAGAAACCUAGAGAUCAACAGCACAAGAGAUGGAGGUCCAGGGCCUUGGUACUGCUCCUUGUCCUUGCGACAAACAUCGCAUCCGUCCUUCUCUUCUCCGGCCGCAGCUCCACAGUCGGCGUAUGCCUCGGUGAGCAUGACUGGACUGUCCGCAUCGGGAACUCCGGUAAGCUGUCCUUCCGCGACCUGAACAUCAUGGAGUAUGCGCUCGCAGCGAGCCAUGCCGAGCUCGUGCACCUGCACGACCACCUUGACAAGGCCAACACCCUCGUGGAGGCACUCCUGGGCAACAGGGCCAAUGCCAGCAACAUGGCGGCCACCAAGGUUGAGCAGAAGCAAGCGCCAACCGAAGGGUUUUGGCAACGGAAGCUGACCGGCGAGCUCAAGCUAGCCGUCGGCCCCCACAAGCUUCCAUUCGGCUUCACGCGGAACCUUGGAUCCGACGAGCUGUUCCCGGCGAUGGGGCAAGCAUGCCACCGUUUCCAGGACGAGCUGGAGCAGUACAUGAACUACAAGCCCCUCGGCGAGUGUCCAUCUGACGAGUGGUCUGCGCAGCAGCUCAUGCUCAAGGGCUGCGAGCCCCUGCCACGGCGUCGGUGCCGGCCGCGUUCCCCGUUGGGGUACGUCGAGCCAACGCCGCUGCCAGCAAGCCUGUGGACUAUACCGCCGGAUACCAGCAUCCUGUGGGAUGCCUACACGUGCAAGAACUACUCCUGCCUGGUGAACCGUGGCAAGACCAAGGGGCACUAUGACUGCAAAGAUUGCUUCGACCUUCUUGGCGGUCGGGAGAAGGACCGUUGGUUGCACGGUGACGGUGCCCUCGACUACUCCAUUGACGCUGUGCUCGCGACGAGACCAAAUGGUACUGUGCGCAUUGGUCUCGACAUCGGUGGCGGGUCUGGCACGUUCGCUGCACGCAUGCGGGAGCGUGAGGUGACCGUGGUGACCACGUCCAUGAACUUCGACGGUCCAUUCAACAGCUUCAUCGCGUCAAGGGGCCUUGUGCCCAUCUACCUCAGCAUCGGGCACCGGCUGCCCUUCUUUGAUGGCACGCUCGACAUCGUGCACUCCAUGCACGUACUCAGCAACUGGAUCCCAGAUAUGAUCCUCGAGUUCACAUUGUUUGACAUCUACAGGGUGUUGAGGCCCGGAGGAUUGUUCUGGCUAGAUCAUUUCUUCUGCCUCGGCAACCAGAUGAACACGACUUACGUGCCCAUGUUCAACCGGGUCGGUUUCAACAAGGUGUGGUGGAAUGCUGGUAGGAAGCUGGACAGGGGAAUCGAGUUAGACGAGUGGUACCUCUCGGCCCUCCUCGAGAAGCCCAGGACGUAGAUGACCAUUUUAUACAGUAGAUUGUGCCUUGCCAAACUAUAGCAGAAACUUCAUUGUAAACUUUUGUUCUUGUUAUUCUAAUCCAGUAAUUUCAUCUUAAUGCAGAACAUUCAAGCAGAGAACUUAACUUAUAGAUUUAUAAGCACUGUAUUCAUCUCCCAAAUUUGUGGUGUCUACUGUACUCGUCAACAGGCUCAAAAUCGAUCACUUCAAUUUA